AUGACAACUCUGGCAGUGAUACUGAUGGUGAUGAGUUCUUCCUUUGCUUUGGCCAGGGACACCUCAUUGCAUUUCCUGCUUUUUGUUAAGUCUGAGUGUCAUUUCUCCAACGGGACGGAGCGGGUGCGGUUCCUGGAGAGACUCUUUCAUAAUGGAGUGGAGUACGUGUGCUUCGACAGCGACGUGGGCGAGUACCAGGCGGUGACCGAGCUGGGACGGCCGUCUGCCAAGUACUGGAACUCACAGAAGGACCUCCUGGCGCAGAAGCGGGCCAACGUGCGGGUGUAUUGCAAACACAACUAUGGGGCCGUAGAGAGCUUCUUCAUGCAGAGGAGAGUUCAGCCCAAGGUGACUAAAGUGUUUCCUAUGAAGACUCAGCCUCUGCACCACCACUACCUCCUGGUCUGCUCUGUGAGUGGUUUCUAUCCAGGUCACAUUGAAGUCAGGUGGUUCCGGAAUGGCCAGGAACAGGAGGCCGGAGUGAUCUCCACAGGACUCAUCCGGAAUGGAGACUGGACCUUCCAGAUAAUGGUGAUGCUUGAAACAGUUCCUGAGAGUGGAGAUGUCUACACCUGCCAAGUGGAGCAUCCAAGCCUGACAAGUCCCAUUUUAGAGGAAUGGAGAGCACAGAGUGACUCUGCGCAGAGCAAAAUGCUGAGUGGAAUUGGGGGCUUCGUUUUGGGCCUAGUCUUCCUUGGAGUAGGCCUGUUUAUCAACUACAGAAAUCAGAAAGGGAACUCAGGACUUCAUCCCACAGGUAACAUUUUACUCCUAUCUUAG